UCGUGCAUGGCGAAUGUAGAGGGGCCUUUUAACAUCGAUCUGGUACUCAAAGAUUACUUCUGCCACAGAACCAUGGAUUUUGCUGGUAGAGAUGGAAGACCGUGGACAGCCGCUAUCCUGCUACUUAGUUUCUUGGCCGCAGUACACUGUGUUCCCAUAGAAAGUCCAGAAGACUGUUUUGAACCUUGCAAAGACAUUGACAAUGAAGAAGAGAAAGAGCAGUGUGUGUUAAAAAUUUGCCCAGAGUUGAACACGAAGGGUGUGAUGGGCGCCUUUGUUAACACAGGGGAAGAUGACGAGACGGAACCCUUCGAUUCUGAAGACAAAAGGGCAUCUCAUUUUGUACGAAUUGGAAAAUACUCUCCUAAUUCCUUUGUACGUAUAGGAAAAGCAAACCCAGGCUCAUUUGUACGAAUCGGUCGUGCCAACAGGAACUCUUUUGUUCGGAUAGGCAAAUCUUUACCGCGAUACUUUUUACGGAUGAUCAAAGGAAAUCCAAGUUCUUUCGUGCGAAUUGGCAGAGCGAAUCCUGGCUCUUUCGUACGUAUAGGCAAAGCUGGUCAGUCAUCGUUCGUUCGAAUCGGCAAGUCCCUAGAAGAUGGAGAUACUCCCUCAAGUGAAGAAGACAAACGUAUCGGUGCGUUCGUAAGAAUUGGAAAAGCAAACCCAGGGUCAUUUGUCCGAAUUGGAAAAGGAAAUCCAGGUUCGUUUGUACGAAUAGGCAAGAGCAAUCCUUCUUCGUUUGUAAGGAUAGGCAAAUCCGCUGAGGAAGACAAAUCCAGUCAGUUGACUGAGCAGAAUCCCCAGGCUCCGGUUCACACGAGGCAAGACCCCUCAACUUUUUUGAGGCUCGGCUAAUACGGACCAUGAGACCAGGCCAAUAUGACGAUUUUCAUAGGUAGAGGCAUGUCACAAAACUGGUGGUUGACGAAGAUACGGCCCGAUUGCGCAGUCAACGACAGAAAGAGACUGGCAGGCCCCUAGCAAAUUCGUUUCUCCAUCCAUAUCAGCUCUACGUUUUAAAAGCCAUUUAUCUCGCUUCAUUUAAAUCUGUUCUGUGUUAUCUCAUUAGGCGACAAUCGUACUUUCUAUUACAACAGUAAGGUUUACCUAAGUAUUAGGCAAUUAGAGUGCAGGAAAUAGUGGGUUUACACGGAAGCAAUGAAAGGUUACUAGCAAAAAGAUGCAAGCUAUUUUCAAUAUUCGGAAAUAUUUUACAUAUUACUUAAAAUGCCCCAUAUAUCGUUUAUUAACGGAAAGUAAUAGAUCUUGUAUUUUUAGAAUCAUGUCGACUGUGCCAACUGGAUGAGGAUCUAACCGAAUGUCUCGUGAAAAUAUGUAACAUAAUUCGCUUGAAUAAAAUACUACCCUGUUUUAUUUUUCA